UUUAGGGCAUUUGCCACAGAAGUUGCACGAGAAGCUGCAUCAGCUCCAAGUGAUAGCACGUACAAGAAAUCUAGCGUUUUGGUCGAUCAUCUCAUGAAGCGAAAAAACGUGAUUGCUGAAGGAUUGUUACAGGAUAUCUACGACAUCCCAUUUGUAGCCGGGGACCCUGUCAAAGAAAGCCUACAAGCAAUUUGCCUGCCAUUUGGAGGCUACAUAGGUCGUCAGACACCAUAUUUUGCCUUCCGAGGAGCAGUUCCCGUUAGUCACUCCGAAAUAGUCUGGACUAAAGCACAUUUACUUCCAGGGUGGGCUGAUCCAAAGAAUCGUUCUUCUGAUCUUCGCCAUGCCUGUCCUCCAAAAGUCAACUUAGACAGUUACUGCAAUGCUUUUGUCUCCCAGCUUCAGAUUCAGGACACGCCAACACCGGACCUUGUGGUUGCUCACUGCCAAAAUGUAUGCUCACAAGUUGGAAAAAACAGUGAAAAAACAAAUUCUUCAAGAGAACGAUGUUUAACUCUAACUGAAGUAAUGGAAUGUAUCUACUUUUUCUUGCAAACCAACAACAUCGAGAACAGUGAUGCAAAGAAAGUUUUAGAGAGUAUACCUUGCAUUUUGGUGGAAAGUGGAAAGAAGUUCAUUCUACCGCGUCAAGCAGUCCUUGAGCUUUAUGAGGACUUGCAGAUCAGGCCAUUUCUCUAUGGAAUUCCAAUGGAAUUCGGUAGGUUCCGUAGUUUGUUCCAGAGGCUUGGCUGCUCAAAAUCUGUCACUAUAGUCCACUAUGCCAUGGUGUUGGACUUGCUGCAUAACAAGUGCCACAGUUCGAAACUAGACCCGAAUGAAGUAAAAGUGUGCAUUAAGGCAGUCAAAGGAUUCUUUGAUAAGCUUCAGGGAGAUGAUCAAGAAGUGAAUGCCAUAUCUCAGCUUUACUUACCUGGCAUGUCUCUGACACGCAAGGAGACGGACGGCAAUGCCAAUGUGGUGCCUCUCAAUUUGCAUAAGUCUUCGGAGCUGAUUUUCAAUGAUGUCUCGCCCGCUAUCCGAGAUCGAUUGUAUAAUUUCCGACAGAAUCUCUUGCUCGACCCACGCCAGAUGAAUGUAUAUAGCGUUAAUGCCGGUACCAACUACAAAGAGCUUAUGAUGAAGUUACCAGAAUCUCUGCGGCCAAAAAUGCUAUCCUCUGCUGUCAAAGAACAUAUCAGCUCGCCAAGUUUUGAAACUAUAUCGAGCACUGCUAUUACCCAACUUAAGCAGCAACUUUCGUCACCACAGUUCUUUUAUGGCAUUGUGAGGUUAAUCCGACACGAGAACUGUCGACUGAAGAGGAAUGUUGAUGACACCGUGAUUGAAAGUAUCAAGAAAAGGCUUUGCACCAUCGGGCUUUAUGCCGUAAAUAGCCUCAAGACAUUAAUUUUUUGCGACGGAAAUCCCAUCCCAGACAGUGAAGCAGAAGUUCCAUACUUCGUGAACAAGACUUUAGCCUCUGGUGAAGAAAUUUCAAAGGUAUACGUCAAUGUCGCGACAGGGACGGACACAUACACCAGGACAAUAUUGCUGGUCUCUGGCGUGGUCAAAGAAGUAUGUUUUGGACUUCUUGGAGAAAGUGCAUUGUUGAUUUCCCAUAUGUUAAGCUGUUCCCUAAACGACAUACAGUCCCUGCUCGAUACUAUGGGCGUACGACCAGAUGACUCUCUCCCUUUGGAAGAGGUAGAAAUUCUUCCUGAGCCUGGUAGCUUUAUUCCUCAAGAUGAACACCACCUAUUAAAUGACGACUUUGAAGAAUUUGAACCAGGCGAUUAUGUGGGAUUUGAGCUGCAUGACCCAAGUUUAGUUAGAGAAGGAGGAGAUGCCACCUACAUAUAUGCUAUAAUUAUCGAAGAAGUAACGAGUGAAUGUAACAGCCGCGUGAAAAGGCGUUACAGAGUCAACAUUGGAAAUGGCCAAGAAAAAAUUGUCGAUGCUACGGACCUGUACAAAUUCCACCGUUUGACCGAGUCAUCUUCAAAUGCGAUAGUCCUGCGUGAUAGGCCUAGGCAGCCCCCUAACUUAAGAAGCAGAAAGAGAGUUUUCGAUGAGAUCUCAGACCUUCUAGAGGAAGCGUGGACUCUUCCACAAGACAAAAGACGAAAAAUAGUCAAGCGGAUGUAUUUGCGGUGGCACCCUGAUAAAAACAUUGGCGAUGAGGAAUUCUGCAAAGAGGUAUGUCAGCACAUACAGAGCGAAGUUUCACGGUUGGAAAGAGGAGAGCCUCGAGGUAGCCCAAGCACAAGAUCUGAAACUGGAAAUCAAGACGGGUCCUACGGUAGCUUCUUUAAUUCAUGGGCAGGUCGUGCAAGGGAACAUAACACGCAGCGCCGGGAAUACAGAGGAAGACCACGACAUCGUAAGAAUAAUCCUCAACCAGGGGAGGCCAGACGUUGGUUCAAACAAGCGGUUGCAGAUAUCCAGGCAGCAAGCAAUGACAUAAUCUACGAGAGACCUUCUUAUGAGUGGGCAUGCUUCAAAUGUCACCAGGCAGCAGAGAAGGCUUUGAAGGCGGCACAGUAUGCAGUAGAUACAGAUAGGACAAGGGUCCACAACCUUCUAGAGAAUUGCUGCGAUCUAAAUGACCCCGAGCUAUCAAAUCUAGCGAUGCAGUUAGAGUGUCUAGUUGGUGAUUCUACACGCAUGCGUUACCCAGACAGAAUGUGUUUUCCCCAGAUUCCAAAUGAGGUGUACUCUGCCGAGAUGGCCCAGCAGGCCUUGCAGCUAGCUAAGAAAAUUGUUGCACGCGUACAGAGCAGGAUAACCUAAGGUGAGAGCUGAAGAGAAAUGAACAAAUACGUGGGAAACAUAAGUUUACUGAAUGCAUCCAAUUCAAGAGAACAUGCAGUUCAAAUCUAGGU